AUGGCAGAUCUCAAGGUUGAAUUGACCGCACCCAACGGCAAGAAGAUCACUCUUCCCACGGGUUUAUUUAUCAACAAUGAGUUUGUCAAGUCAAGCUCGGGUGAUAAGAUCACUUCGAUCAGUCCAACCGACGAAUCCGAGAUCACUUCGGUCGAAGCUGCUUCGGCUGAUGAUGUAGACAAGGCAGUAAAGGCCGCACGCGCUGCAUUCAACGAUCCAUCAUGGAGCGAGCUUCCAGCAACCGACCGAGGUGCCAUAAUGUACAAGUUUGCAGACAUUCUUGAAGCCAACAAGGAGAUCCUCGCUACCCUUGAGACAUGGGACAACGGCAAGCCUUACAGCGUUGCACUCAAUGAAGACUUGGGCGAGGUUGUUGGUGUCAUCAGGUACUAUGCCGGAUGGGCUGACAAGCUUCACGGACAAACCAUCGAGACAAACCCUUUGAAAUUCGCCUAUACCCUCAAGCAGCCCAUCGGUGUCUGCGCCCAAAUCAUCCCCUGGAACUAUCCUCUGGCAAUGGCUGCUUGGAAAUUAGGCCCUGCUCUAGCUUGUGGCAAUACCAUUGUUCUCAAGCCUGCAGAACAAACACCCUUGUCGAUUCUCUACCUUGCAAGCUUGGUUCCAGAAGCUGGUUUCCCGCCUGGUGUUAUCAACGUCAUUAAUGGAUAUGGAAAAGAAGCCGGAGCUGCACUGGCCUCGCAUCUUGACGUCGACAAGAUUGCUUUCACCGGUUCAACCGCCACAGGCAAACAGAUCAUGAAAACUGCGGCUGUAAAUAUGAAGAACAUUACUUUGGAGACUGGAGGCAAGUCGCCAUUACUGGUGUUCGACGACGCAGAUCUCGAACAGGCUGCUAAGUGGGCACACGUUGGCAUCAUGUCCAAUCAAGGACAGGUCUGCACCGCCACUUCUCGCGUUAUCGUCCAAGAGGGUAUCUAUGACAAAUUUGUUGCUCGUUUCCAGGAGAUUGUCAAGGAGACCUCCAAGGUCGGCGAUCCAUUCGCUGACGACACUUUCCAAGGUCCCCAGGUGACAAAGGCCCAGUAUGAGCGAGUACUCAGCUACAUUGAUUCGGGAAAGUCAGAAGGUGCCAAACUUGCAUCGGGCGGUGUCCCAUAUAAAAACGUCGGAGAUGGCAAAGGGUUUUUCAUUGAACCCACCGUCUUCACUGGUGUAUCAGAUACCAUGAAAAUCUACAGAGAAGAAGUAUUUGGUCCAUUCGUGGUGGUAGCCAGCUUCAAGGAUGAGGCCGAUGCUAUUCGUAUGGCCAACGACACAACAUAUGGCCUCGGCUCAGCUGUCUUCACCACCAAUAUCGAACGUGCCCACCGCGUCGCCGCCAAGAUCGAGGCUGGUAUGGUCUGGAUUAACAGCAGCAACGACUCCGACUUCCGUGUCCCCUUCGGUGGUGUCAAGCAGAGUGGUAUUGGUCGUGAGCUUGGUGAAGCAGGUCUCGCUGGUUACAGUCAGACCAAGGCUGUCCACGUCAAUAUGGGCUACAAACUAUGA